AUGUCUUCCUACUCUUCUUCCAAUUCCGAGGCCGCCAUUCUUCCCGAACAUCGUAGGGAGGAAACUUCAACUGACAUCUCGAGCUCAGGAUCUACAGAACAUUCUUCGAACGCUUCUCUGGUUCGCAAGAAUUCUCGGGUCGUCGAGGUCGGCUCCGGUAGCCGAGUUCCGAUUCGGGCUCCAGAACGGAUGGAUCAAAAUCUCCGCGAGCCCGAGGGCCAAGUUCCCACUAACUUGGUCCUGGGACGAGAACCCGACGUGAAGACGGACGAGGAUGCUCCACCGUGCGAGGUCGGGGAUGGAGGGGCGCCGGACCCAAACGACGAUGACAUGAUGCCGAUCAUGGAUCGGCCGUGUAUAUGCGCACCGGUGAAAUCCACCUUGUCGUCUCCCGAGACGGUUCGGGCUGCUAUGCUGAUCGGCGGAGCCCCUCCUGGGAUUAUCAUCCAAGUUUCCGAACCGGAAGAGCGCCCUUGGGAUGCACCCGAGGACUUCGUUUGCGUCUACGAAGCUUAUUUCCACGAGAUCGGAUUGAAAUUCCCCUUGCCCCGUUUGCUGUUCGCCUACUGCAAUCGUCGCGGCUGCGCGAUAUCGCAACUUCAGCCAGCGUCGAUAGUGAAUUUUGUCGGGAUUCUCCAGCUCGGGCGUGAUAUUCAGGCUCACAUCAACGUGUCUCAGUUCGAGGAACUCUUUAUUAUGAAGGUUUCGUCGGCAAAAAGUUGGUUUCUGUCGGUGAAUUGCAACCCGAAGUUCGACCUGGUUACUGGGAACAAGGCUAGCAAAUUUCUGAAUUGGGACCAAAGCUACUUCUUUGUUCGCGUUGAUUCGUUGUCUGCUGAGAAUGCGGAGAGCACGUUCCGGACUGGCUGGAGUGUCGACUUUGAUCGCCACGUUCCAGGAUUCAUUCAACGAUCCCUUACAUCCGACCUAGCGAAGCAGCUCAGUCUUGCCGGACAGCGCCGUUGGCCCCUUGCUUACCGGGAGAAGAUUGACCGUCGGAUAAAGAGAGCUCAGGACAGAGCUAAAACCAAGACUGAACCCAGCUCGUCGAGGCCGGUUCCGAAGAGGAAGAAAUCAAGGAAAAACAGCAAAUCGAGUCGGAGGAGGAUGGCGUUCGACAGGUCGGACAUCCCAAUGAUGGACUUUGGGGCUGAUGAGGAAGAGGACAACGCCCCGAUCGACGUCGUCGGUCUCGAUGGGAACGAGGCCGACGAUGGCGUUGAAACCGCUGGCGGGGACGAGGUCGACAAUGUCUCGGUUGGCCCAGUUGAUCCUUUGAUCUCGGUUGUAGAACCGGAGGGCGACGUGGCGGGAACUAGCGUUCCUGAGGUGAUUCAUCAGCCUCAAAUGGAGGAAGGUGAAAUUGGUGAGCAGGACGAGGAUGAGCUUACCAUCGCCGACCGCGCCCGGAGGAAGAAGGGCAAGUCCUCGAAGAAAUCAUCUCGGAAGAGGGGUGGUGAUCCCGAGACGGCUGCGAGUGAGGGAACUCUGGUCAUUCAUGGAGGGGACAUCGGCGGGUCGCCUACUGCUUCUCAGAUUCCCCCAGCAGAUCCGGUAGCUGAGACCGGGAAUCCGAGAUCGUCCAAGAGGCGUUGGACCUCUGACUCGUCCUCCUUUUCAGUCCGAAUCAAUUACAACAAGGACCGAUCCUUCUUUGGCGACUCAACUGCCUGCGCCGAGCUCUUCAGGCAGAUCGUCCCGGCCUCGUCUCCAAUGCCUGAGACUAAGGACCUCUUCCGCCCUAAGUCUUAUGCUCGGGUCACGAAAUCCGCCUCCGCUGUAAUAUCUGACUUUGAUUCCUAUUUUCAACUCGUCUGCGAUACCAACGAGCUCGUCCGCGAGUACGACUCUGAGGUCGAGAGGCUGAGGAAGAUUAACGCCGAGAUCGCUGCCGAGAGGGCGUCUUUGGAAGCGUCGUACCGGGAUGAAAAGGAAAGGUACGAGGCUACUGUGCUAGCCUUCACCGAAAAAGAGAAGGAGAACGCUGCCUUGAAGGAGCAGGUCGGGGCUCUGGAGAAGCAGACUGCCGAGCUGGAGGGGGAUAUGGACGCUCUGUCCAAGUCGUUCAAGGCGAGCGAGCUCGAGAGGCAGAAGUAUCGAGACGCCGAGUCAAAGGGCCGGAAGAUGAUGGCCGCGCUCAGAGGCAAGUGCGAGGGAAAGCUUGCCAAGAUGAAGGACUUCAUGGACAAGUCUGAGCUUCGGAAGGCGCCGUUCCUCAAGCUCAAUCAGGCGACUGCUCUGGUCGGCUUCUGCGACUUCCUUAGGAGGGAGCAUAACAUGAUCGUCCCGUCUCACAUCGUGGAGACGUAUGCGCGUAGGGUCAAGAACUGCACGAAGGAGGUCGAUGCCGUCCCUCUUCCGCGGUUCGAGAACGAAGACUUCCUCCUCCCGAGUGACGACGAUCUUAUCCCUAGGAUUGUGCUUCCGCCGGGGACGCAGGUUCCGGAAGGCUUGGAUCAGUUUGGCUCGAACUCCAGGUCCAUCUCGGCUGAUCGGGCAGCGAGUCUCAAGAGUCCGGCGUCCGUCGCUCGCCAAUGA